UCAUUCCGCCACAUUAUAGCUUGUAAACAUAUGCUUAAUUUGAAUUAACAAAAUUAAGAAACAUUGAUGUUUAUUUCAUGAUAUAAAUCUCAGGAGUUAUAUAAAAUUGCACAAUGGAUGAGGUAAAGGAUAAAUCUAGAUCUUUGCCUAUUCAGCCUCUGCACCAACCUUCAAAUCAAAUUGUUCAUAUAAGAGAAAAUAGCGAUUCUGAGUUAGAGCGGUUAUUUUCUGCAGCGAUUAAUCCUAAUUAUGAUCUAAACAUAAAACACACUCCAAUGCGGAAUCGUAACUUACCACAGUCAUUUUUUAACCCUCCUGAUUCAGGAUCAAGUCGAUCUUCUAUUCAACAUAGUAGAGAUUCAAGUAGGGAUAGUACAUAUUCUCACAACUCAUCAAUUCACGGAAAUGCAUUGUUGCCACCUCCACCAAAUAGGAAAAAUAAUUUAAAUCGUACACUUAUGCCAUCUGCAAUUCAUUUUAGAGCACACUCCUCUCCAGCCACACUUAUUCAAGAUUUAAAUCUUGCAACUUUAAGAUUGAAAGAUAGGAAAAAUAAGGCAAUGAAUCAUCAGCGACAAAGAAGUUAUGAUAUCAUAGAAGAAAAUAUUAACUCUAAUAUAUUUUCACCAUCAAAUUCUGAAAUUUUAUAUAAUGAACAGCUUAAUAAUGAAUCAAUAUAUAAUGAUCUAAACAACAAUCUCCAGCAAAUUAAUUUGUUAAAUAAAUCUCAAGAAUUUGAUUUUUGGAACAAUUUAAAACAAAGAAAGAUGAAUUCUACUUCAAGUGACAAUAUUUUGGAGGAAAAAGAUGGCGAUUGCGCUAUUUCAAAUCCCAAUCCUAACCGUAAAUUGUCUUGGCAUCCCACAGCUAAAUUUAUGAGUUGCCAUCAAAAUAACAAUGACGCUAACGCCAGUAAAAAUCGAGAAUAUUCGCCGUUCAAUGAUCCCAUGUCGCAGCAGUCGCAUUACGAGUCAUCACCCGUCAAUAGUUUUGACAAUAAUCAGAAUAACUGUAAUGGCGGUAGACAAAGGAAUCCAUCCUGGGCGGGAUCUCUCAAUCCUACCAUCAAUUCAGUUUGGAAUCAUAACAAUAAUCAAUCGCCACACCAUAUACCCGGGGAAACACUUAAAAACAAAUAUCACCCCAAAAAUGAUUCGUAUUACGCUCACAACUCUAGCUUUCAUCCAAACUUGUCUUUAAAUCACACCCAAAAGUUUGGAGAAUUUUUGCAAAAAAUUGACCAAAAUUCUUCUUUGCCCCACCAAAAUACCAAUCAUGACAUGGCAAAUAGAAACCUUAACAAUAAUCAUAAAUCUAAUAAUUGCGGUGGUAUUGUAGGGAGUAAUCUAUUGACUCAAAAAAGGUCCGAAGAUAUCAAUACAUUAGGACCGUUGCCUCAGGGCUGGGAACAAGCCUUGACUCCCGAAGGAGAAAUAUAUUUUAUCGAUCACGUUAGCAAAUCAACUUCCUGGUUUGACCCCCGGAUAGCCAAGAACAAAAACGAAACACCUAUUCAAGAUUACAGCAUCGUUUCACAACUCAAUAACUCGAACACGCUCAUCCGACAAUGUUUUAAAAAACAACUAAAUCAACCCUUAAAUAUUGACAACGUCCGAUUAAACGACCACUUGAAUAGUCUUUUUAAUCAUAUACCCACCAUUAGAAACCCGAAUACUUUUAAGGAAAAAUAUAUCACGGAAAACCAUCGCUCCUCUUUUUCUUCCAUGCCUUCUCAAACUGAUAUGAAUCAAAAUAAUAUAGGCUUUCAACAAAGUUUGGUCGACGUCAACAAUAAUGUAUUGAUAUUUGAUUCUUCCAAAAAAUGCCCCGACAAUCUUAAUGGGAAUAAUUAUGUAUCUUCCAGUCAUUACACUCCUUCUUCCAACAUCCAAACCGGCUCAGUCCAAAGUGAUAAUUCUUCGAAUCUUAAUCUCAUUCACAAUCUAAACCUAAAUUCUAAUUUAAAUAUAAAUAAUGAUGCUGAAUGUCCUUCAAAUUUUUUUGAAAAUGAGGAUCUAUCCUUAGUUUUAGAAUCCAUGGACGCCACCUCUUGCACAGGGUCUCCAGCAGUGGUGGUCAACAUAGAGGAGGAAUCUGACGGAAUGUUGCAUAAUUUACAGUGCUCCCUCAAAACAUCCAACUCAGGAAAAAUAUUAGGAACCAGAGAAGACCUCGUCACGGACCUAGAUAUAGAAGCAGUACUCAAUAAUAGUAAAGUUGAUCUUUUAACUUGGCUGUAGAAAAAACAAAUUUUGUUAAAUAAAACAGAAUAUAAAUUUAUUUUAUAUAAAUAAAUGUCACAUAGAAUGUACCCUUUUUUCCCCUCUGAGAAUUUAAAGAGGAAGUGUUUCUUAAAUAUUUUGUACAAAGCUGCCACCUGUUUAUUUUUCUCCGGCAAUAAUUAUAUAUAUGAAAAUUAUUAUUUAGUAAUUAUCUUAUACUAAAUAUUGUUUCAAUGGUGCUUUAUUUUAUAAUUAUUUAGCUCGACCAAUAUAUAUUAUAUAUCUUGUUCCCUUUAUAUCAUUUUUACGUCCUUUUUUAAAAUAAUAAAACUGUUUAUAUUAUCUAUGCAAACAAUAUCUCUUUUUUUAUCAACAAUUUUAUUUAUACCCUGGUUUUCAUAU